UGUUUUCAAGUGCGAGCAAGUUGAGUUGGUAUUGUUUAGUAAUAGAUGGAGAUGGAGAUGGCGAUGGAGAUGGCGAUGGCGAUGGCGAUGGUAGCCGUGGUGGGGGAGGAGUACUGCGCUGAGGGAGAGCGGGAGCUGACGGUGCGGAAGACGUCGGUCUUCUACCCGGGCGACGGCUUCGCUGCCUACGACCACCGGACGGGCGACCUCGUCUUCCGCGUCGACACCUACGCCCUCGCCGACCGCCGCCAGAUGAUGAAGCAGCUCGUCCUCAUGGAUCCCCACGGCGCCUCCAUCCUCACCGUCCGCCGCAAGUGGCCCAGCCUGCACCAGCGGUGGGAGGGGUUCAAAGGAGAGCGAAUCGAAGGCCAGAAGCCUCUCUUCACCGUCAGGAGAUCCUCCAUCUUCGGCGGCGAUCGCAGCGUCAAAGAAAAAACCGCUGGCCUUCAGAUGUGUGGUGUGGAAGGAAAGGGUGAACGGGUGACCCAAACUGCUGACUUGGCUUACGACUAA